AUGCUGGCAAGAGCCAGCUCUUCUGUGAAGACAGUUCUCCAACUUACUGUUCUUGGCCAUUCUAAGAAAGUUGUAUGUGAGCCUGUAACACCCUGGAGAAAUGUCUGCUUACAUCACACAGUGGUUCCCUCAGCCAAGUAUGGUGGUAGACACACAGUGACUAUGAUUCCUGGAGAUGGCAUCGGGCCUGAGCUUAUGGUUCAUGUCAAGAGAAUAUUCAGAGCAAAUUGUGUGCCAGUGGACUUUGAAGAAGCGUGGGUGACCUCCACUUCCAACGAGGAGGCUAUCCACAAUGCUCUUAUGGCCAUCCGUCGGAAUCGCGUAGCUCUGAAGGGCAACAUUGCAACCAAUCACUAUCUGCCUGCUAUUUUCAAAUCUCACAACACCACAUUUCGUACCGUCCUUGACCUCUAUGCCAGUGUCAUCCAUUUCAAGACCUUUCCUGGUGUGGAGACCCGACACAAGGAUGUAGACAUCCUCGUUAUUCGGGAGAACACAGAGGGCGAGUAUACUAACCUGGAGCAUGAGAGUGUGACAGGGGUGGUAGAGAGCCUAAAGAUCGUGACAAGGGCCAAGUCUCUGCGCAUUGCUGAGUAUGCCUUCAAGUUGGCUCAGAAGAUGGGGCGCAAAAAAGUGACAGCUGUUCACAAAGCCAACAUCAUGAAACUGGCAGAUGGGCUCUUUCUUCAGUGCUGUAAAGAUGUGGCAGCUCACUACCCUCAUAUCACCUUAGAGACUAUGAUUAUAGACAGCACCACAAUGAAGUUGGUAACCAACCCCCAGCAGUUUGAUGUCAUGGUGAUGCCCAAUCUUUAUGGCAGCAUUAUCUCCAGUAUCUGUACAGGGCUGGUUGGAGGGUUAGGACUUGUACCUGGAGCCAACUAUGGUGACUUUUAUGCAAUAUUUGAGGUGGGUUCAAAGCAAACAGGGGAAAAGUUAGCUCACAGAAACAUCGCUAAUCCUGUCGCCAUGCUUCUGACCAGCUGUAUCAUGCUGGAGUACCUCGAUCUCCACACCUAUGCCAAUAACAUCCGCGCUGCAAUCACGGCAUCCUUAAAAGAUAAAGCCAUCUGCACACCAGACGUGGGGGGUCAAGGUACCACAUCAGGUGUUGUAAAUUACAUCCUGGACUAUAUGAAAUCCCAUGCAUGCCGUCGCAAUCCAUGA